UUUACGUUUCCCUGUUCGCAAGCCAUGUACUGCGUCGACAUCGAAACGUGCGAUCAAUUUGGCGUAAUGUCGCCCAAUGCGAUUUCUCUGACGCCCGAACAAGAAGCCUUUCGUCAACCUUUAGUCCCCUGCUUAAAACCCGACAAAACACGUGGCGUUUGUUGUCGCGAUCCCAAUUUCGUCGAUGAUUGGCCAAAUGCCGUGGGCAACGAUGAAUUGUCGCAACCUCUUCCUGCUCCAUCAGGCGGAAGUGGAUGUCCUUCGAGAAAUCGUACUGCCAUGCCCGACAAAAACACGAAAUAUGACGAGACAGAUUUCGAUGCAGGUGCGGGAGAAUUCCCAUGGCAAGGAGCUGUCUUCGAUCAGAACGAUAAAUUGCUUUGCACAUGCUUCUUCACGGAAAAUAACACUUGUACAACGACUGCGAGUUGCGUUGCGAAGGUCAAACCUGCUGAUAUUAAGAUUGCUGUUGGCAUGUACGACAUUGCGAAUCCUUUGAAAGUACAAGAAGUUCCAAGCGGAGACAAAAAAGCACAAUUUUCGCCUGCAAAAUACAUUGCUUACGAUCCGAAAUACAAUCCAAAGACGAAGAAACGCGAUAUUGCCGUAAUUCAUAUGGAAAAGGAGCCCGAUUAUAACUACUAUACUCUCCCAAUUUGCUUGGAUCGCCCAAAAGCUAUUCCUUUCUUCAAGUAUGAUGACUGCGUUGUUACUGGAUGGGGCAAAAAAGACAACACCUACCAUUGGUCCGACGUUCUUUUGCUCACGGAAGAAGAAUGUGAAGAGCUCGUUCCCGGCUUUGAUCGCGAAAUGGAGUCUUGCGCUCGUGCCGAUCACGAUGUUUGUGAAUUGAUGGAUUACGGAAGCGGUUUCCAAUGUCGCAUGACAGGAAAACGUAACAAGCCCGGAGAUGAUAUCUAUUGGCUUAAGGGAGUUUACUCGUCGACAAAUACUUGCGAUCCGAAAACGCAAAUUAUUACCUAUUCUCGCAUCGAGUUCGAAGAAUGGUUUGAUGAUGCUUUGUGGAAAGAUCCCACAAAGUUCAGCAAAAUCAAUGGAUAAGCGUUGAAUGUUUUUUUGUUAUAAUUUUUAUUUUAUUUUUUUUAUGAUAGAAUAGAAAAAUGUCUUUUUUUUGUACGGUUUUGAGCCGUUUAAUAUUUAAAUUUAAAAAAAAAUCCCCGAAAAUGAGUUCAGAGAGUUUUUAAAAAAUUUUCAUCAAUUUUAAGUUUUAAAAAAAAUUAUAAAAAUU